UCUCCUCUCUCUCUCUCUCUCUCUCUUUUCCUUUUUCUCUCUUCAAUUUUGCUCCUCUCUCCCUCUCCUUCGUUAUCAAUUUCCAAACCCUAGGUUCAGGAAGCCGUUUUUAGACCAUUUCUUUCUCUGUUUUCUUCUUUCUUGCUCCAAAAAUGGAAGCGAUCGGCCGGAGUAGUUGGAGCCCCGGCGCUCUCCCAACACUAACGUUCGAUCUCGUCUCCAAGAACUCCAACCCAUAUAAUCGCCUCAAUCCGAGACCCAUCAAGAAGAUGCGAGGAGAAGCGGAGCAGCAGCGCAACCCCUUCGACUCCCUCACCGAGGAGAUCCUCUUCUUGAUCCUCGACCGCCUCGGCUCCAACCCUGUCGACAAGAAAUCCUUCUCCCUCGUCUGCAAGUCCUUUUACGCCGCCGAGUCCCGCCACCGCCGGACACUCGCGCCCCUCCGGUCCGACCUCCUCCGCCGGAUCCUCGCCCGCUACCCCUCCAUCGCCCGCCUCGACUUCACCCUCUGCCCUCGCGUCACCGACGGCGCCCUCGCCGCUGCCGCCGACGCCCUUCGGUCAUCGCUCCGCUCGGUCGACCUUUCCAGGUCCAAGGCUUUCUCCAGUGUCGGGCUCGAGAAAUUGGCGGUGAACUGCACUUCUCUGGUCGAGAUCGAUCUGUCAUACUCGUUCUAUCUGAACGACGGGGCCGCUGCGGCGAUCGGCCGGGCGAGAAAUCUUGAACGUCUGUGGCUGGCUAAGUGUAGGAGGAUCACGGAUAUCGGGAUCGCAAGGAUCGCCUUGGGUUGCCCCAAGCUGAGAUUGCUCUGCUUGAAUGAAUGCAUCAAAUUGACCGACUUGGGGAUCGAGCUGGUGGCGUCUAAAUGCAAGAUGCUUCAAAGUUUGGAUCUUUCCUACUUGGCGAUAACAGAGAAAUGCCUUCCAGCUAUCUUACAACUACCAUAUCUUGAAGAUUUGUCAUUGCCAGAAUGCGUUGGUGUUGAUGCUCUCAGUCAAGGAUGCACGUCAUUAGAGGUACUCGAUAUGUCAAUUCGUCAGCAGGUAUUCGACAUAGCAACUUGUCAGCAUGCUAAGUGUGCUGGAUUGUCCUCUAUCACUAAUAGAAGCCUGGGUCUACGCCAAAUGGGUUUAACAUACUACAUUCCUGUUACCUGUUUUUUACAAAAGCUUCCUAGGUUGCAAUCUAUCAAAUUAAGUGACUGUGAAAUCACAUCAACUGAAUUGAAAGCCAUUGGAACUUCCUGCUUAUCAUUGAAGGAGCUUAGCUUCAGCAAGUGCUCUGGCAUCACAGAUGAAGAUCUUUCUUUUAUUGUGUCAAAACACAGGGAUCUGUUGAAAUUAGAUAUCACAUGCUGUAGUGAGAUAACUGAUGUUUCACUAGCCAACAUCACAAGCUCAUGCACAUCCCUUACCUCUUUGAGGAUGGAAUCUUGUAACCUGGUUUCUAAGGAGGGCUUUCGUCUGAUUGGUCAACGUUGUCAUCUCCUGGAGGAACUAGAUCUUACAGAUACUGAUUUGGACAAUGAAGGAUUGAAGGCCGUCUCGGGAUGUUUCAAACUUUCUAGCCUAAAAAUUGGCCUCUGCAUGAACAUUAAUGAUGAAGGUCUUGUUCAUGUUGGGAAAUGUUGUCCAAAACUCCAAGUGCUUGAUUUGUAUAGGUGUACAGGAAUAACUGAUAUGGGAAUUUCAGCAAUAGGUCUUGGCUGCCCUGUGUUGCGGAUGAUUAAUCUGGCAUACUGCUCAGAUAUAACAGAUGAUUCAUUAAGAUCAUUGUCAAAGUGCUUGAACUUGGACACACUAGAGAUUCGAGGUUGUCCUCAGGUCUCAUCUGUUGGUAUCUCAGCUAUUGCUGUGGGAUGUCGACAACUCACCAAGCUGGAUGUCAAGAAAUGCUAUGAUAUUAACGAUGAUGGAAUGCUUUCACUUGGCCGCUUCUCCCAGAAUUUACGCCAGAUAAACUUGUCAUAUUGUUCGGUAACAGAUAGGGGGCUUUUGGCACUAGCGAGCAUCAGCUGUCUACAAAACAUGACUAUUUUACAUUUAAAGGGACUAACUCCAAAUGGUUUGAAAAAUGUUCUAUGGGCAUGUAAUGGUUUAAGAAAAAUGAAGCUUCACUCAUCAUUGAAGUCCUUGAUUCCUCAACAUAUUCUUGAAUACACACAAGCGCGUGGAUGUAUGUUUCAGUGGAGUAAUAAGCCAUACCAGGCUGAAUUGGUGCCUAAUGAAAUUUGGAAGCAACAAUCACGGGGUAUGCCUGUGUAGAAUUAAAACCUCAAGGAUCAUGUGUGAUAGCCUCUGCACAGAACUAUGGGUGCAUUUCUUCAUCAAUGUCGUUGGGACUCAAAAAAACAAAAUACGUGGCCCUGGAAGUUUGAGAUGUCCUUGUAAUGCUUCAAGCUAUCCUCAUUUAGGUUAUCUGUCGUGCAGGAAAUGUGUUCUUCUUGCAAUCCAAUUUUACUUUUGGUUAAUGUUAUUGUAUGUAUCCGUUUAAGAAAACCAGUGAAUCCAUUUUUUUUUCUCCCAAUCCAAGACGGAGUUGCUCUUAUUGUAACACCUUAUUUAAGGUCAAGAUGGUGGAAUCAGUUGGACUCAUUCCAAUAUCUUUUGAAUCCAAUCAUCAUUUGGUUCGGUUGGCA